CAAACCGAAACCGACUUGAAAACAAACCCUAACCCUAAUUUACCCCGAGCAUUCCUUCAUUAUUUAAAGACUGGCCCGAGCUAAUUAUUCUCCACAAUUGAAACCCACUUCUCAAAUUUCUCAAUAAUCAAAUACCAUAUUUCAGAUUUUCGAAAAUUGUCCAGAAGUCGCUCUCUUGAUAAGCCCGAGACGGAGAUUCUUAGUCAUUUUCGAUUUCAAUCUUCGUGGUUUUUGUUAAGAAAUUGUUUGUGAAUGGUGGAAACAAUCUUGAAGAGUAGUAAAUUGAUGCUCUCCCUUUGUGAACCAAGGGCGAGCUCAUCUCUUGCUUUUGCUUUUGGAUCUUGCAAAGAAGGCUGGUACUUCCGCUGCCUUGGCGUCGACCCUUAGAUUUUUUUUUGGUUUUUUGGUUUUGAUUGAAAAGAUUAGAUUUAUUUUAUCUCGAAGAAUAAACCAAUUUAAAAAAAAAAAAAAAGAAGCCCAAAUUCCAUUAACAUUCUUUCAAGCUUUUCCGGUUGAUUUUGUUUAUUUAGUAAGCGAAAAUGUUGUACAAGCAGAAGAAGAACCCGGCCCCAAAGGGCAACAGGUUCUUGAUCAGCAUUACGGUUCAGGGCAGCGCCGGCCCGAUCCGUUUUGUGGUGAAUGAAGAAGAGCUUGUUGCUGCUGUUAUUGAUACGGCUUUAAAAUCUUAUGCUCGUGAAGGGAGAUUGCCGAUUCUUGGCUCUGAUCUUAAUGAUUUCUUCCUCUAUUGCCCCAAUGCCUGCUCUGGUGCUCUGAGUCCAUGGGAUACAAUUGGUUCGCCUGGCGUCCGAAAUUUUAUGCUGUGCAAGAAGCCACAGACUGAGAAGAUUGGAGAAGCUGGAACAUUGGAAACUGCCAUUGCUCGACGGGGAAGCGGGAAGUGGAAGACAUGGCUCAACAAGUCCCUCAAUCUUAAGAUCUCUUCCCAUUAAGUAAUAUCAAUGAUGAAUCUUUUCUCCUUUCAAUUUGGGAAGUUGAAUUAUCUUGUUUUUUGUUUGUCAAGGAGGAUCCCUUGGUCGAACCAAAAAACCAAUCAUAUCAAACAGGUGAAACCAAUUCGGGAACUCUUACCAGUUUGGAUUGUGCUUUGGAUUUUAGUUUCUUGGUUUGAGUCGAAUAAACUUGAGUCAUAAUUGUUACUCCUUUUGAGUUAUUUUCCCCGGAAUAAAUUUGAGUUAUUUAA